UCUAUAAAAGAAGUGACCCUAGGGAAACUUUUGAAGUUAGCAGUGUAGAAAGCACCACCAUGCCUACCAUGCCUGCGGAAGGAGGGAAAACGGACAUGGAAAGGAUUGGCCUCUUUAGUGAGAUGGAGUAUAUUACUGUGGGUGAUAAAUAUGUGUCGCAAUUUAAUCGACCUUUUAAUGAGGCUGCAAGCAAAAGUAAACAGAUGCUACCUGGGGGACCCAAAGCAAUGUCAGACCUUCAGGCAGGUUAUUUCGAUCCCCAUUUUGUAAGGAUUUUUGAAGGAGAAGGCUACAUGAAUCUGAAUCAAGUGAGGAGACAGGAGAUGAUGGAAGCAGCCAGAAAAAAUCUAGGCAAAGCCUUCUUCCCUAGUAGUGGAGAGAAAAAGCCAUGUGGCUUAGGAAGCUACUAUGGAACAAUAGGUGGUCCAGUCCCAUUUUUCAGCGCACAGUCAAAACCUCGAGAAAAAUACAAGGCACCUGGAAAGAAUUUAUACACAAACCCGGGAAAGAAAGGAACUGGAUAUGGCUAUGCAAAUAUUACCAUAGGUAAACAGUUUUCACACUCUGCCGACUUCUAUGAUGCAGCAAAACUAAAUUAUAAGAAAGCGAAUGAAGAACACCACCGUUUACUUAAAGGAGCGCCGUUUAAGUUAAAUCUUCACCCAAGGGACUAUUUUGAUGCUAAUCCUUAUCUUUCUGAGGAACCUUUACCACCAAUUAAAAAAGAAGAGAAGAAAGAAUCAAUUUCAAACACUUUUAAACCUUCUUCUCCUGGUAAAAAGCCUGGUGGAAUGAAGGCAGGAACAUUUGAUCCUUACCCAUCACAUUCUGCUGACCCUUAUGUGGCUAAAUUGGCAAAUAUUUCUGGCAAAAACGAUAAGAUUUUCCACCCACCAGGUGGACCAAAAAGCAGACCAGUUGAAAGUAUAAUGACUCUGAAUGUCAGAAGGGCACUAAAUUCAAAGAACUACAAGACUGCUUCAGUACCAUCCUAUUAGCAACUGGAAGACAAGUAGCUUUCUGGAUCUUAACUACGAGUAAUUAAUUAUCAAGAGCUAAUUAUUUGAAAAAAUAUAAGAUGUUUUGGAGCAGAUAGCUCAAGCAGUUAAAAGAAAUUUAAGCCUGCAACUCUAAUUCUCUUCCUUAUUUUCAUACUACUACUUAAUUAAUAAAUGCUAAUAACA